CUCGUGCUAAUUAGAGCCAACGAGCACCAGCUGUGGUCUCUUGUCACCUGCUAUAAAAGCUCCUCGAGUCAGUCCUCUUAACAACUGUCACUGAAGUUAUGGCUGUUGUUUGGCUCGUGGUUGUUUUGGUGCAUGCCGUCUUGAUGGAUAAAGGCCUUUGUUUUACAGCUGGGGUUAAACAAGGUCCAUCCAAUGCUCUGGUUCAAAAAGGUGUUCCAGGACAAAUGGGACUUGAUGACGAUGUGAGCGACAAUGUGAAGAACGACUUCUUCGGCCACAACAUGAGCGGCAAGGGCCAACAGAACGACUCCUACAGCCACAAGAGCGGCAAGGGCCAAAAGAACGACUCCUUCAGCCACGACCAGCCGAGCCAUAACAUGAGCGGCAAGGGCCAAAAGAACGACGCCUUCAGCCACGACCAGCCGAGCCAAAACAUGAGCGGCAAGGGCCAACAGAACGACUACUUCAGCCACGACCAGCCGAGCCAGAACAUGAGCGGCAAGGGCCAACAGAACGACGCCUUCAACCACGACCAGCCGAGCCACAACAUGAGCGGCAAGGGCCAAAAGAACGACGCCUUCAGCCACGACCAGCCGAGCCACAACAUGAGCGGCAAGGGCCAAAAGAAUGACGCCUUCAGCCGCGACCAGCCGAGCCACAACAUGAGCGGCAAGGGCCAACAGAACGACUACUUCAGCCACGACCAGCCGAGCCACAACAUGAGCGGCAAGGGCCAAAAGAACGACGCCUUCAGCCACGACCAGCCGAGCCACAACAUGAGCGGCAAGGGCCAAAAGAACGACGCCUUCAGCCACGACCAGCCGAGCCACAACGUGAGCGGCAAGGGCCAAAAGAACGACGCCUUCAGCCACGACCAGCCGAGCCACAACGUGAGCGGCAAGGGCCAAAAGAACGACGCCUUCAGCCACGACCAGCCGAGCCACAACAUGAGCGGCAAGGGCCAAAAGAACGACGCCUUCAGCCACGACCAGCCGAGCCACAACAUGAGCGGCAAGGGCCAACAGAACGACGCCUUCAGCCACGACCAGCCGAGCCACAACAUGAGCGGCAAGGGCCAAAAGAACGACGCCUUCAGCCACGACCAGCCGAGCCACAACAUGAGGGGCAAGGGCCAAAAGAACGACGCCUUCAGCCACGACCAGCCGAGCCACAACAUGAGCGGCAAGGGCCAAAAGAAUGACGCCUUCAGCCACGACCAGCCGAGCCACAACAUGAGCGGCAAGGGCCAACAGAACGACGCCUUCAGCCACGACCAGCCGAGCCACAACAUGAGCGGCAAGGGCCAACAGAACGAUGCCUUCAGCCACGACCAGAGUGAGCAUCUUCAAAUGUCUGAUGACAUGAGCAACAGCUACCAGAAUGACAGAAUGGAUGAUGGUGUGUUCACUGUGAAUGUUUGAAGUGUACAGUUGUCCUGAUGGUUGUAGCAUGAUUGAAGGCAUUGUUCUGUUUCAUGUAACAUCUGUCUGACAAUUAAAACAUUUUACCUUAAUACUA